AACAAAAGGAAAAACAGAAGUUGUGAACUACUAAAUAAAUACUACAAAUGCUGUGUUUAGGAAACUCCACUGAGUGCCUCCGGGACCAGAUGCAGUCCAUGAUGAGGUCCUUGCAGGACCUGAAGCAAAUAAACAGGCCGAGGCCACUGAGUGAACCCUGCACCCAGUCUUUCACCGUCACAAGACGCUGCAAACAGAGGGCACAGCAGGAGCGGCUCGCCCGUCUCCGGGUUUCUGAUGCCAGUGAAGCCAGCACCUAUGACUCUGCCUGCUGUCUGGCCAACCCGCUGGAAGAGGAAGAGCAGCAGGAGCACGAACGACUGACCAGAGGCUCCCCCAGCAGUGAGAAGAGCGUGGACUUUGACUCUGGCUUCUCUGAGGCUUCCUGGCAGGAUGAAGGCGUGGUGCUGAGGAGGACCAGAAACGUGCGAGUCUCUUCCUCGGCUUGCGUCCGCAUGCAUCGCAUCCGACCCAAAUCAACCUCUGACGCCUGCCUGGAGCGCUGGACUUCCUUUGAGGCCGGUGAUGCAGAGGACUGGGCAACGUCUCUGCUGAGCCGCAGCAGAAACAGACAACCCCUGGUUCUGGGGGACAACAGUUUUGCAGACCUAAUACAGAACUGGAUGGACCUGCCAGACUAUCCCGAGCCAGCAGAGCUCAAGUCCAGCGGAGGCCGACGUCUUGCAAAGGACAUUUUAGGAAACAUGAGGCGGAAGCUGGCGGGGAUGUCUAAAGGUGUGGAGCUGAGGCCAAGGCCGGCAGACUCCACAAGACCGAGCAGAGCUGCGGAUGCCCCCCAGCGAAGGUCCUGUCCAGUGAGACUGGAGGCUCUGAAACCUUUCUUUCAUCAGUCUCACACAGGGCUGCACGAGCCGGACACUGAUUUCCACAAGUUCACGGCCCUCAUGAAGACAGGCAGCCGGCAUCCCAUCAUAUGCAAUGACAUCAUCGGAUACAUUUAAACAUGACAACACCCCAGACUCAUUGGACUACACAAACUUUACCCAGGGUAUUGUUCAGGAAGUGUUGUUUUUUUAAGAAAUAAAAGUUUUUAUUUAAUAAAAAU